AUGGGGAGAGGCUUCUUGGCUACUGUUGAUACUGUGAUCCGAGUGAGAGAUGGCAAGAUGUCCAUGACAGUCAAUGGGCAAGAAGCGACUUUCGAUGUGUUUAAAGCCACCAGACUUCCAGCCCAUUAUGAGGAUUUGAAGAUGAUUUCUGUGGUGGAACCUGAGCUCACAAAUGCCGAGUUGGAUCACUUCCUAGCCUCACGAGACCCUUUGGAGACAACUUUAGUGUAUAGGGAAGAUCUGAUGAUUGAUGCCGAAGUGGAAGAGUGUCUUAGCAUUCUUGACACUUCAUGUGCUUAUCUACGAGCACAUACACCGUUUGAGGAACUGGACAGACCAGAGUCAUGGAAGAAGCCGAAACCGUCUAUUGAAGAGGCGCCCGUUCUUGAAUUGAAGCCAUUGCCCCCUCACCUUCGCUAUGCUUUCCUGGGUAGUGGAGACACACUGCCCGUAAUCCUCUCUGCUUAUUUGAAUGAUGUACAGGUGGAACGAGUAUUACGAGUGCUAAGAGAUCGAAUCCGAGCCCUUGGGUGGUCGAUAGCUGAUAUUCGGGGUAUUAGUAGCUCGUUUUGCAUGCACAAAAUUUUGUUGGAGGAAGGCAGCAAACCCAGUAUUGAGUGCCAGCGGCGACUGAACCCGAUCAUGAAGGAGGUGAAAGAGGGAAUAACUGUGGUGGAAAACGAGAAAAAUGAAUUGGUGUCUCAACGAACUGUCACAGGCUGGAGGAUAUGCAUUGACUAUCGAAAGAUGAAUAACGCCACCAGAAAAGAUCAUUUCCCUUUACCCUUCAUGGAUCAGAUGCUCGACAGAUUGGCCGGGCAUGAUUAUUAUUGCUUUUUGGAUGGUUAUUCGGGUUACAACCAGAUCAUGAUCGCGCUCGAGGAUCAGGAAAAGACCACAUUCACUUGUCCAUAUGGCACGUUCGCAUUCCGGAGGAUGCCUUUCGGUUUGUGCAAUGCACCAGGUACCUUUCAGCGAUGCAUGAUGGCCAUCUUCACCGAUAUGGUGGAAAAUUAUGUAGAGGUAUUUAUGGAUGAUUUCUCUGUCUUUGGAGAUUCCUUUGAUGAUUGUUUGAACCAUCUGGAUGCCGUGUUAGCACGCUGCGAAGAAACAAACUUGGUACUCAACUGGGAAAAAUGCCAUUUCAUGGUCCGAGAAGGAAUUGUUCUUGGGCACAAGAUAUCAGGCAAGGGAAUAGAAGUCGACAAGGCAAAGAUUGAAGCAAUUGAAAGAUUGCCACCACCCGUUUCAGUUCGGGGAGUGCGCAGCUUUCUUGGGCAUGCUGGCUUCUACCGACGGUUUAUCAAAGACUUCUCUAAGGUUGCCAAUCCACUCUGCAGGCUUUUAGAGAAGGAUGUGAAGUUUGUGUUCAAUGAAGCCUGUCUGACGACUUUUGAGGAGCUGAAACGAAGGCUGGUAUCUGCUCCUAUUAUCGUAGCACCCGAUUGGUCUCUACCAUUUAUCCUAAUGUGUGAUGCCAGUGAUUUUGCUGUGGGCGCUGUCCUUGGUCAGAAAAGGGACAGAAUCUUUCACCCUAUUUAUUACGCCAGCAAAACACUUGAUGCAGCCCAGAUGAACUAUACUGUCACAGAGAAGGAGUUAUUGGCGGUUGUCUACGCCUUUGACAAAUUUCGAUCAUACCUGGUGGGCACGAAGGCGAUUGUCUACACUGAUCACACGACAGUUCGUUACUUGUUUGCAAAGAAGGAUGCAAAGCCGAGGCUUAUUCGUUGGGUUCUGCUGCUUCAAGAGUUCGACAUCGAGAUUUUAGAUCGAAAGGGCACAGAAAAUCAGGUGGCAGAUCACUUAUCGAGGUUAGAAGAUCGGGAACAUGUUGAUGAAGCAGUGGGGAUUAAUGAGACUUUUCCGGACGAACAGCUUUUUGCUCUUAAUUUAGCUGAGGUGCCAUGGUAUGCAGACAUGGUAAACUUUCCCUAUCUUUACCGGGUCGGGACAGAUCAGUUAAUCAGAAGAUGUGUUCCAGAGGAAGAGGUCCCAGCAAUUCUUGAGAAGUGUCAUUCAUCACCCUAUGGAGGACAUCAUGCUGGGGACAGAACAGCGGCUAAGGUCCUCCAGUCCGGAUUCUACUGGCCAACUCUGUUCAAAGACGCUCAUGAAUUUGUGCGAGCAUGUGAUAGCUGCCAGAGAACCGAAAAUAUUUCCAAGCGUCAUGAAAUGCCUUUGAAGGGCAUCUUGGAAAUCGAGCUGUUUGAUUAUGGGGUGAAACAUAAGAUAGCGACUGCCUAUCACCCUCAGACAAGUGGUCAAGUGGAGGUAUCGAACAGGGAGAUCAAGAGGAUUUUGGAAAAGACUGUGAGUGCAAGUAGAAAAGAUUGGUCAUUGAAGCUUGAUGACGCUCUGCUGAAGAUUUUCGGUGGAAAGCUAAAGAGCAAAUGGUCCGGACCAUUCGAGGUAGUUCGUGUGACUGCACAUGGUGCUGUCGAGCUUAGAAGACCCCACUCGGAUGAGACAUUCUUGGUGAACGGACAGAGAGUGAAGUAUUACUACGGGGAGGCCACUGAACGCGCCAAGACCACCAUCGAUCUAGAAGAGGCUUGA